AUGUCAGCCGAGAACCAGCAGAGCGAGCUUCCCAGGUUCAAGGGCACCCUGUACCCAGCCCUGACGUCCGAGGAGCUGCUGAAUUCUUUGGAUUCCUUCCAGGCAAGAGAAGAUGAUGUGUUUCUGGUGUCCUACCCCAAAUCGGGUACCCACUGGGUCGCAGAAGUCAUCGAGAACAUCGCCAGCACCAGACUCGCGCUGAUGUCGCCCCUGGAACGGGGAGACGUCUCCAAGUUCGAAGAGCUGAAGACGUGUUCGAAGCGGAGAGUCAUCCCCACGCACCUGAGCUAUGAGAUCCUGCCCGCGACCAUCAAGCAGAAGCAAUGCAAGAUGAUCUACAUUGUCAGAAACCCCAAAGACACGGCUGUUUCUCUCUUCCAUUAUUAUCGAGACAACCCCGACCUUCCGGACAUAGACACCUGGGCUGCGUUUUUCGAGCUCUUCCUCAGAGGAGACG